AGGAUCUUCUUCGGGAAGAACAAAGUGAUGAUGGUGGCGCUGGGACGUGAGCCGAGCAGCGAGUACAAGGAGAACCUGCACAAGGUCAGCAAACACCUGAGAGGUGAGGUCGGUCUCCUCUUCACCAACCGCACCAAAGACGAAGUGGACGAGUGGUUCAGUAAAUUCAAAGAGGUGGACUUUGCCCGCGCAGGGAACAAGGCGACGUACACAGUAAGCCUGGACACGGGGCCCUUGGAGCAGUUCCCCCACUCCAUGGAGCCGCAGUUACGGCAGCUGGGAUUGCCCACGGCGUUGAAGAAAGGAGUGGUGACGCUGCUUUCAGAUUACCAAGUCUGCAAAGAAGGGGACGUUCUCACCCCCGAACAAGCCCGCAUCCUGAAACUCUUCGGCUACGAGAUGGCAGAAUUUAAGGUCACCAUCAAAUUUCUGUGGAACUCUGAGACGGGAGUCUUCCAGAAGCUUGUGGGAGACACAGCAGAGGAGGAGGAGGAGGAGGAGGAAGAGGAGGAUGACAAUGAUGAUAGCAAUGAGGACUAG